CCCCCGUCUGUACCGCAGUGUCUGCUCCGCCCGCCCGCCCCGGUCCGGCCCGCCCCCCUCUCCCACCUCCGUCCUUCGUCCCGUCGGCAGGGUACGGGACCCCCUGUGCCGUCGCCUCUUCCUUUUUCGACGCCGCCGCCGCCGCCUGAAGAGGCGAGCUAGCUGGGAGUUACACCGCCACCGCCAGUUGCUGAAUUCCAGAGAUUGCUACCUGUAGGACUGUGUAGAAGCAACCUCUAAGAUGAUCCAAUAAAAUGGAUGGAUAGAAUGACAGAAGAUGCUCUUCGCCUGAAUUUAUUGAAACGGAGCUUGGACCCAGCAGAUGAACGAGAUGAUGUCCUGGCCAAGCGACUCAAAAUGGAGGGGCAUGAAGCCAUGGAACGUCUGAAAAUGUUGGCAUUGCUCAAACGGAAGGAUUUGGCAAAUCUUGAGGUGUCUCAUGAGUUACCCACCAAACAGGAUGGCAGUGGUGUCAAGGGCUAUGAAGAGAAACUCAAUGGGAAUCUCAGGCCUCAUGGAGACAAUAGGAUUGCUGGAAGGCCAGGCAAAGAAAAUAUCAAUGAUGAGCCUGUGGAUAUGAGUGCUAGACGGAGUGAGCCAGACCGAGGAAGGCUAACUCCCUCCCCAGACAUCAUCGUUUUAUCUGAUAAUGAGGCUUCCAGUCCCCGUUCCAGCUCCCGAAUGGAAGAAAGACUCAAAGCAGCCAACCUAGAGAUGUUUAAGGGGAAAGGCAUUGAGGAACGGCAGCAGCUCAUCAAGCAACUGAGGGAUGAGCUGCGAUUGGAAGAAGCUCGACUAGUGCUGUUAAAGAAACUGAGACAGAGUCAGCUACAGAAAGAGAACGUGGUUCAAAAGACUCCAAUUGUACAGAAUGCAGCAUCUAUUGUUCAGCCAUCUCCUGCUCAUGUUGGUCAGCAGGGCCUUUCCAAGCUUCCCUCCCGGCCUGGGGCCCAGGGGGUUGAACCUCAGAAUUUAAGAACAUUACAGGGUCAUAGUGUCAUCCGUUCAGCAACCAAUACCACCCUCCCACACAUGUUGAUGUCUCAGCGUGUUAUUGCACCAAACCCAGCCCAGCUACAGGGUCAGCGCGGCCCGCCUAAGCCUGGCCUUGUACGCACCACAACACCCAAUAUAAAUCCUGCCAUCAAUUACCAACCGCAGUCAAGUUCUUCUGUUCCCUGUCAGCGCACAACAUCCUCGGCCAUCUAUAUGAAUCUUGCCUCCCAUAUCCAGCCAGGGACCGUGAACAGAGUGUCCUCACCACUUCCCAGCCCCAGCACCAUGACCGAUGCUGCCAACUCACAGGCUGCAGCCAAAUUGGCUCUUCGCAAACAGCUGGAAAAGACACUCCUGGAGAUUCCACCUCCUAAACCUCCUGCUCCCUUGCUUCAUUUUCUGCCUAGUGCAGCUAACAGCGAGUUCAUCUACAUGGUAGGCUUGGAAGAAGUCGUACAAAGUGUUAUCGACAGUCAAGGCAAAAGCUGUGCCUCACUUCUGCGGGUCGAACCCUUUGUUUGUGCCCAGUGCCGCACAGAUUUCACCCCUCACUGGAAGCAAGAGAAGAAUGGUAAGAUUCUGUGUGAGCAAUGUAUGACCUCCAACCAGAAGAAAGCUCUAAAAGCUGAACACACCAACCGGCUGAAGAACGCUUUUGUUAAAGCCCUACAGCAGGAACAGGAAAUUGAACAGCGAUUACAGCAGCAGGCAGCCCUCUCCCCCACUACGGCUCCAGCUGUGUCCAGUGUCAGUAAACAAGAGACCAUAAUGAGACAUCAUACACUUCGGCAGGCUCCACAGCCCCAAAGCAGCCUCCAGCGUGGCAUACCCACAUCUGCCCGUUCCAUGCUUUCCAACUUCGCACAGGCACCCCAGCUAUCUGUGCCAGGGGGUCUCCUUGGGAUGCCAGGUGUCAACAUUGCAUACUUGAACACUGGCAUCGGAGGACACAAAGCCCCCAGUUUGGCAGACCGACAGCGGGAAUACCUUUUAGACAUGAUCCCUCCCCGGUCUAUAUCGCAAUCCAUUAGUGGACAGAAAUAACGCCUGUUCCACUUGUACUGCCCCAAUCUUGAAUCCUUUACCCCUCUCCUCUCCCUUUGGCCCUAACUUCCGUCGCAUGCAGUGCCUGUACUGGUGCCUACCAUACACGGAAAACAAACAGAAGACAAAAAAAUAGAAAUCAACAAGAAAACACAAGCCCUGCCCCACCACCUCCCUUUUAUUUCAUACUGCUGCGAUCUGUUCUUCUGCCGCUCUGUCUCCUCUCUUCCGUUUUCUUGUAACAGUGAGGUGGAUAUUCACCUCCGGUAGAGGUGAGAAUGAGGUCCUGGGGAGAAAUUUAAGCCCUCCUGACAUGUGUUUCUAAAGUUGUUUUUAUGCUGUAAUGAUUAUUACUUUUUAAUGAUGUUGUGUGUCCUCCCUCUGUUCAGUGGACGGUUAAACCUCCCCCCCCCAUAUUUUUCUUUUUUGUCUCCCCCCCCCCUUUUUUUCUUUUUCUUUUCUUUUUCUUUUUUCCCCCCAAUAAACACAAAUUACAUUCAGUUAAAUAGUAGGAGCAUUGCAGUAGGGUCCCAGCUGCCAGGUAAAACAUGACCAGGAGUAUUAGGGCAGAGUUCUUAAGCACUUAACCAGGGGAGGUGGUGGCCUCAACCAAGGAGAAACAGCACACCCACUGUGGAGUCUCUGGAUUGGACAGUUCAGGAGGCAGUGUUAGGAUUGAAGUUGGGCUCUGAGAAUGAGGGGAAAGAACCUAGAGGGAGAAGCUUUAAAACUUAACCAUCCUACAACUGACUCAGAGAAGGGGGAGAAAGUCUUCCUCCUGAGACCAGGUCCUAGCCUCCUGGAUGCUGGGGGAAUAAGAUUGGUCUCCUGCCUAGUGGAGUCGUGGAAGUCUAUUCCAGGCUAACUAGCCCAAAUUAAUUAUUUCAUCUUAUUUUCUUAUAAAAAUUUUUCCUAUCCCCCAUUUUUUUAUUCUGGUAACCACAGCCCCCCAUUGUUCCCAGCCUGAGUUUGUUGGGUGACCUAGAGUUGGGAUGGGCAUGAAAUGACAAAGGGAGGAAAUAGACUUAGGAAGGGCUUUCUCUCCUGACAGUUGAGGCUCACAUUUGUCUGUCUUCACCCUCCGAGUGCCAGGAGGUGAGGGUGAGGCACCUAAUCAAGUUGGAUUCUUGCCCUGACCCUGCUGCACUGACUGCAGAGCCAACUGCUCAGAACCAGACCACUCAUGUCCAAACCAGCUUUAGGCCUCUGCUAGGAAAUGGUCGCCAUCCACCCCCUCGAGUUGUAUUAAUUGUGCCCUGCCCCCUUCCUUAAGUGCUACUAAUGUAGAGAAUGAAUUUAAUUGUGCAAUGUUGCUGUUUUGGGGACUGGGGAGAUGAGUAUCCCAUUUACUCAUACGGUGGGGGAGGGAUGGGGACCCGGCUGUUUUUUGAGGUCAGGGAAGUACUGUAAAAGCGGGGUUUCUGCUCUCACAGUGUACACCCACCUGCCUCUCCAGCUCUAAAAGCUACCACGGUGCUGGAAAGAGAUGCUCUCAGCAGAGAGGUGUGAAGAGUUGUUUAAUAUUUUGCCCUUGAAAGCCACCUGGGGAAGUUCCCCCACUUUUAUUUUUAAAAAUUAAAUAUUUUUUUUAAAAUAAGGCACUUUUAAAAUUAACACACACACACAAACUGCACAUCUUCCCUAUAAAGUUUGGGGAUGGGAUGGGAGAAGGAGCUAGAAUCAGGCUCAGUUCUCUCCACUCUGGCCUCUAUUCCCCAUUCUCCAGAGCCACCGUGGGUGAUUAUACUGGCCUUACAAGGCCUUCCUGGCGUUUUUCUUUCCUCCCUGCCCCCAAAUUCAUUGAGCACUUAAUAAAGGAGCAGAGCUACAGCCUAUGUCUGUGCUCCCCCAGUGGUGAAUGAUCUGGAAGCUAGACACUAGGAACAGGUAGUGAUGGGUUGUUUCGAGUAUUUUUCUGGGGAAUGUGUUACCCCUGACUGUAAGUGGUGGGAGGGGGGUGUUAAUGGAGCUGGGUGUGGUAUUAUUUUAAAAUUAUAAAAAUAUAUAUAUAUAUAUAUAAAGAUAUAUUCUUACAUGUCUUCUUUGCCCUCUGUGCUUUGAAAGCACUGGAUAAAUCGUUUGGUUUUGCUUUUCUGUCUUCCAUGAAAUUGGAAGAUUUUUAAAUAUUUUCCCUACAAGUCAUCUUGCCUUUGUGGCAUGUCUGUCUAGCCUUCCCCUCCCCCCCCCCCAUGAUGAAGUGCCAUUUCUGUUAUGUCUCCCCUCCCCCAGCUCAGAGGUACGAGGUGCCCAAGUUUGUCAGUUGAGAUUAAAAAUAAGAAACAGAGAAUGUGCAAUAUCGUUUGGGUGGGGUCUGUCCCUACCCUGAACUGAGCCCCUCCCUGGGAGCCAGGCCGCCUGUAGAUGGUGUUUGGAAGUCAGAUGUAUAGAGAAGGGGGAAUGAUGGGGAAGGAAAGCCUAUAGCUGAGUGCCUGCCAAGGUGCUGAGGCAAUGGGGAGAGGGUGGAGUCUUUCCUGUUUGUAUCCCCUCGGGGUCAGUUACAUAGAGGCUGCUGAUUCACUAGUAAAGCUCCAUGACCCUUUGCUCAAUCGCUGAGGUUUGAUUUCUUACCCUCUCUUCUCAUUUUCAUACCCUUCCCAGGGAUUAGUGAUGGGGGUAAGGUUCCCCUAAAUCAUGGUAAAGUAUUAGCCUUCCACCUCCCUACCUCCCUCCCUCUCCCCUGUCUUCCUCAUUUCUCUACUUUUUCAUCCCUGAUUGCCUUUAGUCCCUCCAACCUUGUUGUUGCUGUCCAGCCCCAGGCCUUGGCCCCAUAGACACUAAGCUAAAGACAGGAGAACAGACCCUCUGUUGAGGUUUAUCUCUACCCCUGGAGCUCUGAAGCUCAGGGUACUACAGAGAGGAUCCUACUAGUUCUGCCUGGCUUUCUCCGUCCCCAAAGCCUCUGAAAGCAGUAGUUUAUGGAUGGUGCUUACUCCCUAGAAGCCUGAAACAGGUGGGUGAGUGGUAAGGCUUGGGUAAAGCUGAGGGACCGAGGCCCUUACUUGUCUCUUUUCUUUUUCCUUUUUCCCCUCCCCCCCCCCUUUUUUUUCUUCUUUUUUUUCCUUUUUCCCUUUUGUCACUUGACCACAGCAUCUGGACUUCCUUCAUCCCUGGAAUAAGUAUUUCCCCCCCACAUUUUUGUAUGUAUGUAUGGUAGACAUUUUUUUUAAAAAACAGAUGUGUUCCUGCUUUGGUUAUCUUUCCUUUCCCCUUUAAAAGAAUUAGCUAUAGAACUGCUUUGUAAAGAUGCUUCUUGAUAUUUUACUUUUGUUCCUUUUCCCCUUCCACUCCCUUUUCUCCCCAUUCCUCCAGAAGGCAUAACCCUUCUCUCCACCCCACCCCAGUCCUAGGCUCCCUUCCCCUCCAACAAGACCUUCAUUAGCUUAUGAUAUUUGCUGCCGAGAUGUUAUAACAAGGACUCAUUCGUGUAUAUAAGCUAUUUCUUGAUUCAUUUAAAAGGAAUUGUACAUUGUGUAGAAAAAAAAAGCUGAAAAAGAGAAAAAAAAGCCCUAGCCAUGGAUAUUGUGAAACCGUGUUAUGUCAUUUUGUAAUGUGCCCGUUUGUGUAUGAUCCGUGCAAAAGGGUUUCUGGGGAAGGGGAGGAAGCAGGGAGGCAGGGCUGUGGAGGGUGGGCAGGAGAGUGGGCCCAGCACACUGAGACUGGCAGCUGCUCCAACCCGUCCCUCCGUAGAGAAGCCACCUCCCCCACCACCCACCCCUCAUCUGUGCCUUGCCUCCCCACCCUGGAGUCUUCCCUCCAGGUCACCAGCACUGCCUUGGCAGAGCCCACUCCUACCCUAACCUGCCCACCCUCUCUACCCCCCAGCAUUAGGGUGAUACUGUGGGGAAGUGCUGGGGGUUGGGAGGUAGCCGAGGAAUGGGGCAGUUCCUGGGGGCAUUGAAACCAAGUAUUAUGAAUUGUAAUUGUAUUUGCACUGUUUUUUCCCCCCUCUUACUGCAUCAGCAUAUAUACAAUAUACCUAUAUAACAAAAUUUAGUGUCAAGCUUUCUUAUGCAAGGGAUUUCCCCUACCUCACCCCCACCCCAAAAAAAGAACUUAGUUUCAUGGGCCUUUGAGAGAGGGGAUUGCCAAGGGACGAUAGAAAGGACUUGAACAAGUCAUCUAAGAAAGUCUCACCUGGGGAGACCCCUGUCCAUCUGCACACAGUGUAGGCUUUGUAAAUUGGGGUGAGGCUGGGCUACUCUGAAAGCUAAGGCUCCUAGUCCAGACUUGAAAGUAAAGAGAACCACAACACGAAGUGAGUGUGGUUGUAGGCACAGUCUGAAGACCUGGGUCUAGUCCCAAACCCUCCUAUAACUUGCUAUGGUAGAAUUAAUUUUCUGGGUCUGUUUUCUUAUUUAUGAAAUUACAAUGGAAAUCAUCUUGCCACCAAGUUAAUGCUAUGCUUCCUUCUCCAGCCUGGGAGCAGUUUGAGGUGAGGAGAAGUUUGGGCUGGAAAACCAGGGAGGAAACCAGAGUAACUAUGCUAACGUGGUUAUAUGUGUGACCAGGCCCCGGGAGAGCUGCCAGGUUUCUGCUGUGACUCUUGGUUUGGGAAAGGCAGCAGAGUGGUGUCUAGGACAUCAGUAAACCUGUGACAUCUUUGCCCUAUGCCUCUAGUCAUUGAGGGUAUGGACCAGGCCUCAGGCCGCACUCACAAACAGCCACAGGAUUCUUAAGGGUGGAGGUGACCGGUGAAUGCCCCAGGUUAAUGGACAGUGACUUACACCCUUUCUGAGCUUCUGGUUGUGAAACUUCCAUCAUCUUGGUGACACAGUAGGAGAGCUCACACAUAGUCCCCAUCCUGUCUCCUUCCCUCGUAUCUCCUCGGAAUCACCUAAAGACGGCUGUCCCGCACAGUCUGUCUGUCAGGGCCCUGUUUCCCGCAGCCUGGCUGAGGCUCCACACACUAGGUUCUUGGGGGGAAAGCUGGAGAGGCUACAGGAUGAUGGAUGAGGCCCUGAUGGCGGUGGAAGGAUAGACGGGGUGGAGGGUGGGGAGCAGGGAGGUGGGAUGGGGAAUGGCCUUUUCUGAAUAGGGUGGGUGGGAGGGGAACAAGACCCUUUUGCACAACCCUCUUUUAAGUUUCCUUUUUCUUUUCUUUUUUUUUUUUAACGCAUUCUAAUUUUCUGCAUUGUGUUUGGGAAUUAAAAUGAAAAAAAAAACUAAGACCAAUAGAAACUGGGUUUCAAAAAGGCAAAUACACUCCCAUCUGUUUCAGAUGCUGCUGAGCAUUUCAGUAGUGACAGAUUCAAAUAAUAAGCUAAUUUUUGGAGAAAGGAUUAAAAGAAAAAAAAACUUUGUAAUAUUUAUCACUUGCAAGCUAUGUUUAAUAAAGAAAGGAAUGGUUUCUAAA